GCUGUGUUUUCCUGACACGAAUGAGCACUGUUUGUGAAAGAGAGGUCACACAAUUUAAAUAAAAUUACAUACUCCUCCAGUGUACAAUUGAAAUUGUUUGUAUAAAAUGACAUGUAUUUCAUUUGUUACAUUCUUUUUGAAUAUGCUUCAUUGAGUCAGGAAAGAAUGAAUGUUCUAGCGCUUGCAAACGGAUAUUUAUGUUCCAUCCUGCGGGGAAGCAAAGAAUUUGUUACACAAGAGCUACACCGGAGAACGGAGACCUGACGUACUGACGUGACAGCACUACGGGCUAAUUUAAAAGAAAACUGCACAGAUUACGGUCGAAUACAACUCACGAUCAACAGGAAAACAGUCAAGCAAGUUGGGUUUGCUAUCGACAGAGGAAAAAAGGAGUACAGGCCUUGAGGACAGGAUGUCAGACGUGAUCGCUGCUUUGGUCCACGCCUCAGAGAAGGCUGCGAAGAUUGCUCGGGCCUGCAGACUGGAGAAGUCCCUCUUCGGACUGCUAAUAGAAGAAAAGAAAGAGGGAGAGAAGAACAAGAAGUUUGUCACUGAUUUUAAGACGCUAGCAGAUGUUCUGGUCCAAGAAGUUAUAAAGCAUGAUGUAGGAAAACAAUUCCCAGGCAUAGAAAAUAACAUAUUUGGAGAAGAAUCAAAUGAAUUUAUGAAUGGGCUAGGGGAGAAGAUUAAUGUUAAAGUUUGUGAAACAGAGCAGGAAACGGCAAAGCUUCUCAGUAAAGUCCUUGAUGGCAACAUGGAAGCAGCUGAAGUCCUUGCUCGAUCAGCCCAUCAAAACAUUGUCAUUCCUGACCUGGACACCGGGAGGAUUGAUAUUCCACAGGACCGCUUGGGAGUGUGGGUCGAUCCAAUAGACUCAACUUUUCAGUAUAUAAAAGGGAUUUCUGAUUCCAAACCGAACAAUAACAUUUACAGCCAUGGUCUUCAGUGUGUGACUAUUCUUAUCGGCGUAUAUGACUUGCAUUCUGGAACACCAAUAAUGGGAGUUCUCAAUCAGCCUUUUGCAGUACAGGAUCCAGAAACACAAAGAUGGAGUGGACAGUACUAUUGGGGGAUUUCCUAUGGUACAACCAAUGUUUGUUCUCUCAGGCCACAUAGCAAAAACAGGGAUGUUUCGUCAGAAUCCAACUCCGUGCCUGCACCCCACCAUCUGAAAAAGGGCAGCGCCACCGAUUUGGAAGAGGAGCGUUUUUCAGCUGUCCUGAGCACAGGGGAAACAGUGUGUGUCCAGACCCUGCUAAAGGGGGCCUGUGGAGAUAAUAUUCACUAUGCAUCUGGAGCUGGCUACAAGAGCCUUUGUGUUGUGCUUGGAUUUGUAGACGUAUAUGUGUUCUCGGAAGACACUACCUUCAAAUGGGACUGCUGUUCCCCUCAUGCUAUCUUAAAGUCACUGGGCGGAGGAAUGGCUGACCUCAAGGAGUGCCUAAGGAGGAGGCAGGAUGGGAAUCUGGAGGACUGUUCAGAGUUAGUCUACAAUGCACCAGUGCAAGACGCCAAAGGAGCAGAUAGGUGGGCAAAUAAAGGGGGUCUUGUGGCAUAUAGGUCCCAUAAGCAUUUGGAUGCUGUCUUAAACCUACUGUCAGGUAUCUCAGUAUAGAGAUACAUACAUGUUUGUUGUCUUAAUCACUUUAUUGUUUUUUAAUGGGCACUGUACUACUGUAAGUAGAUUAUACAUUGUACUAUUUGCUUUCAAUCUAUAGUGCCUCUCAAAUCCAGUCCUCAGGAGCCGCUGACUAUCGGUUCAGGGUUUUGUUUUAGCUUGGCACUAAUAAAUGUGUUUUGUAGUUUGACGCACAUGGAAUACUUAGGAAAGUUUAUCCAAUCUAAAGCCUGUAAGUCGUGAUGUAUUUGUAUUGGAAAGCAGUGCAAAAUUUUAAAGGAAAAUUGAAUGAGAUCCUGGUAAAAACAAAAACCUGGAGUGUAAGUGGUCACUGGCUACUGGAAUUGCGGAGCACUGGACUGCUGUAAAUGUGCCCCUAGUGUAACUGGAAGUGUUGUGUGAUGCACUGCUAUUACAGAUCUUGGGUACCUUGAGUGUUCAUGUUCGUACCCAGCCUCUAAUUAAGAGUUUGAACUUCACAACUAUGGUACACUUUGUCUCAACCCAUUUUCUUGGUAAUGGAUUAACACUGACUCUAAGCCCUACUGUAUAUAUCAUCCAUAAGUAAGUGCUGACUAGUAAAAUAAAUGUAAUAUAGUAAAUGGCAAUGUUUUUCACUUUAUUAGUUGAUCGUGUGACAUGUCAUGUGGUUCAGCUUCUUUGCAUGAAAUUGGCUCAUGUUGUGCCUGCUUCCUUUAUCAAUGGUGCCACCCUACAUCUCUUACACAUUGUUACAUUAUAAUGAAUUUGUCACACGAUUUUUCAAUAUAAAUUGAAUGCAUUUUCUCCACUAUGGUUGCUCUUAUUCAUAUAUGGUGCUGGCACGGCAAUUAUCCAUUGUAUAUAAAUGCAUAUAAUCUGUCAGCAUAAAGUACUCCUUAUUAUUAAACUGUUUUUUAAUGAUUAAAAAUGUUUCUAUAAUCAAGGUGCUGUCACCAUUUUUAUGGCAACAGUCACACUUAAAAAUGAAAUUAAUGAGUGUAGCUGUGGUAACAAGAUAAACAAGUGUGUAUGAGGUACUACAGGCUGAGUGCAAUUAUAUUGUUUUAAGGGCCAAGCUGUUGUAUUAUUAUUAUUAUUAUUAUUAUUAUUAUUAUUAUUAUUAUUAAUAGCUAUGUAGAAUUCCAGUUUGUUACAUAAUGACUGCAAUAGGCUUGAAAUAUAAGGGUCUGUAAAUGUAAUGAAACUCACUGUUUUUGCAAUAUUUUCCGUCGUUAAUCUGUGUAAUUCAAUAUGCAUGUACAGCACAUACAAUACACUUUAAAGUCUAAAUUAAAGGUCAAAUCAUGCUCCAGUUUAUCUGUCAGUUUUCUAUUUACACUUCAUCUACUAGAACGUUUAAUGAAAUUAUUUUUUGUGGGACAUACAGUAUGUCAGGUACUAACAUUUUUUUCAGCUAUUUAUAUACUGCACCAUAUAUUGGUUAUGAAUGGAUUAAAUUAAUUUUACUUGUAUUUGAACUGAUGACGUUUAAAAUGUUUUUAUUUCACCCGGGGUUCUCAGUGAUACGGUAAGCUAUUUUAGGACAUGAAAUGCAAUGAUUACUACAAUGUUACGUUAAAUAAAGGUGGU